AUGGCCGAUAUCGAUGUCACGCUCGCUUCGUGGAAGCUGGUUGAGGUUGGCCGCCUGGUGCUGAUCCGCCGCGGCCCCUUCGCUGGCAAGCUCGCUGCCAUCGUCGAGAUCGUGGACCACCGCCGCGUCCUGGUCGACGGUCCCUCCGGCGAGGAGAAGAAGAUCGUGCCCCGUCACGUUCUCCCUCUGGCCCACGCCACCCUCACCCCCUUCAUCAUCCCUCAGCUUCCCCGCGCUGCCGGUACCGGCCCCGUCAAGAAGCUCUGGGCUAAGAACGAGAUCGAUGGCAAGUGGGCCAAGAGCAACUUCGCCCAGAAGACCGACCGUGCCGAGCGGAGGAAGAACCUGACCGACUUCGAGCGCUUCAAGGUCCUGCGUCUCCGCAAGCAGGCCCGCUACGAGGUCCAGAAGUCCUACGCCAAGGUCCGGGCUGCCGCGGCCAAGUCAUAA